AUGUCCAAAGCAGCACGUGCCAAGAAACCAGCAGCACCACUUCCAGGAUGCACCCUGGAUAUCAAUGACCCGCAGGUCCAGAGUGCUGUUAUUCUCACCCAGGCCUCUUACAGGGGCCUCAGAUCUCAGAAGGAACUGCGUGAGAAGGGACCCCCAAGGGUGCUGGAGCCACUAAAGGACAUGCAGAUCCAGGGCAGCGCAGUCAAGCUGACAUACUUCCCAGACCCCUUCACCUGCUGGAGCAAAGAUGGCAGACUAUACAAUGGGCACAAGUACCACAACGUCUUCGAGGACUGUGGCAUUGGCACCUGGAGGCGUGGAAACAUUCCCGGGCGUCUAGCUCUUUUGAUCUUCUAUGCAUCCCCGCGGAAGUCUGCGAAGGCACCACGGGCACAGGACACAGGCACGCUGACUUUGGAGAUCCCGGGCGAGCCUCCACCUGACGGAGAGGACAUUGAGGAGGACAACAGGGUGUUCUUCGAGAUUGCUACCACGCUGGCCACUAGCCGGCCGUGACCCCAGGACAGCCGCAAGUACGAGGUGCACGUGGAGAACACUGGCAUGGACCAGAGCUUUGCUCGUGUGGACGUGGCCUGA